GGCAAACUCUCAGAGGGACAACACUUAUUUCCAUAUUAUGAAGCAGAACCUAAGGGUUUCCUUCACCAUACUUCUUCUGAGACUUCAAAUAUACUCUCAGUCCUUUCCAGAAGAAAUUUGUCAUCUGAUUUACCUAACCAUGUGGAAACUUUACUUGAUCAAUCACAGACUGGAACACAAAGUAAAGCACAUAAAGAGGGUAAAGUAUUCCAAUGUUAUGAAUGUGGGAAAAUUUAUAAAAAUGCUUUUAAUCUUUAUAUGCACAAGAGAAUUCACCGAGACGAGAGACCAUUUUUAUGUUCGGAAUGUGGGAAACGUUUUACCAAGAAGUCUGUUCUUGUUGAGCAUCACAGAGUUCACACAGGGGAGAAGCCAUAUGCAUGUUCAGAGUGUGGGAAGAGUUUUACCAGGAAAUCUAUUCUUGUUGAACACCAGAGAAGUCACACAGGAGAUAAACCAUUUUUAUGUUCAGAAUGUGGGAGAUGUUUUGCUCGGAAAUCCCAUCUGGAGAGACAUCUGAGAACUCACACAGGAGAGAAACCAUUUUCCUGUUCGAAAUGUGAGAAAGGAUUUAUCCAGAAAAUACAUCUUAUUGAACAUCAGAGAUCGCACAUAGAGAACAAGCCAUUUAAAUGUUGUGAAUGUGGAAAGUGUUUUAUCCAGAAAUCACAUCUUGUUAAACAUCAGAAAACUCACACAGUUAAGAAUCUGAAUGAUCACACAGAAAGUUUGUGCUGGAGAAGCAGCCACCUGCCUGAAGAUGCACCCUCAUCUCGAAUGCUGAAAGAGUAAUACGAUAUUGGCAUGUGAGCUGUUUUAGUCUGGUUACCUGUGGGUCCAAAUCCUGCUUUCCUCUGAUCUCUGUCGCCAGAUCAGAAGAAAUGGAGGCGGGGUUGAGCCUGACUGCACAGCGUAAUGGACGCUUGUUAGAGAGCUCCUUCAUCACAGGCCUGUG